GAGUCUCCGAUAUCGAAACGCGCGCAAUGCAUUCUGGGAUCGUCUCAUAUAAAAAGUGGGCACCAAGCGUGACAGCGGCCAUCUUGAUAACUAAAGCAUCGUCAACAUUUAUACACUUUUACCUCGCGAUUUUACAAUUUUUUCCAGUUUAAAUUAGAUCAUAGUUUGUAUAUAGUUUUAAUAAUAGUUUGUAUAUAGUUUUCACUAGUUUGUAUAUAGUUUUCAUAUAGUUUUCUCGUCGUUUUUGGCGUGGAAAUGAGCGAGACAAGUGAGCUUUCCCUCGAGGAAGUCAACACAUGGAAGGUGGACGCUCUCAAGUUAUUUUGCCGUAAACGAAAUCUUAAAACUUCUGGAGCUAAAGCUGAACUUGUAGCCCGUGUGUUUGCAGCAUCAGAGAUGGGAAUCCAAGUACAAGCAUCGGCUAAAGAACUAAUGUGCAUCACGGAGUCUGAGAGAGCGAAGCUAUUGUUUACUCCUGAGGGCAGCAAGCUUCCCGAUCCUCUUGGGCUAAAGGACGGAUGGAUUGAUGAAAAAGAUGGGCUAACAUCAUGGCCUCCUAUAUUUCUAAGUGACAUUACGAAAUAUCUGAUGGCUGAUCAUCCUGGAAAGGAUAUUAAACUGCACGAACGGGUCAUGAAUGAGUACAAAGAGGGGAAAGCAUACCGCUUAUUUGACUCGGGCUUUCUGAAAGAAGUUUUCUACCAUGAACUAGAAAAUAUGGAUUUUUGCUUCUUGAAAGCAAAAUGUACGCAUUCGAUGAAGGUUGGUGAUACACCACAUACAUCAUGGAUUUGUUCAAGAAAAAAUGGAGAGAUUAUCAGUGCCUACUGUACCUGUACUGCUGGUAUGAGUGGUUCUUGUAUUCAUGUGAUGGCACUGCUGUUCAGAAUUGAAGCAGCAAACCGUAAUGGUAUGACAAAUCCUGCAUGUACGUCCAAAGAGUGUGUGUGGAAUGUUCCAAUAGGAAACAAGACUGUAAUCAAGCCCUCUAGAAUUUGUGAUAUGGAGUGGAAGGCUUCAAAGCUAAAUAAAGAGACGACCAGACCUGCCAUCGAUAGUCGCCGAAAGUUAUUCAAUUCACAUGAAGAGUUGAAGCCCCUGACUCCAAAAGGAAAGAGGAAGUCGUUUUAUAAUAAUUUGAAGGACUUGUUGCCAGAAUCGAAAUUAAUACUGAAGUACCUGAAUGUGUAA